AUGGCCGGGCGGCCGGGCGAGCGGCGGCGGGAGGUCCAGGCGAUGGCCUCGGCGGCGGCCCUGGUGGCGCUCGGAGCGAUCCGGUCGUCGCUCGGCUUCCUGGUGCCCGCGGGCGCCCCGAGCGCCGUGGCGGCCUCCGCCGCGAGGGCCGCGCUCCGUGGCGCCAGGGCCACCCUCGGGGCGCAGCCGGCGCCCGCCGCGGCGCCACUCGCUGGGGCGGCGCUCUCCGACGGCUCGAUCGCCGGGGUCGUCGCGGCGGCCCUGAUGGGGACCGCGGUGGCCUCCGUGGCGCGGAGGGCGACGCGGACGGAGUGGUACCGGAAGGUCAAGCGGGUCGGUGGCGACCAGGCGAUUUUCGACGUCAUCGUCCCGAAGCCGAUGGGUCUCAAGCUGCAGGCCUUCCCGGGGCGUGAGGGCGUCGGCGUCUCCGAGAUCGUGCCAGGUGGCAACACAGACCUCCUGAACCGCAAGGUGUGCAUCAACGAGGACCCGGGCAUGUGGAUCCUGGAGGGCGACAGGGUCAUGGCCGUCAACGACCAGGCCACGGAAGACGCUGCCGUCGAUGACAUCGUCAAUAUCGUGAUGGGCUCCACCGACCGGGACGACGUCAAGCUGACGCUCAUGAGGAAUACGAGGAAAGGCCCGAUCAAGGUGAUCAUGAUGCCAGAGGGCAACGUGGCGACGGUGCGCAGGAACGCGAAGCUUGCGCAGGCGGCCGAGUAUGCGGCUGGCAAGGAGCUGAAGUACGGCUGCAUCGAUGGCUGGUGUGGCGUCUGUUGGCACCGCGAGCGAGCGACGGACGGCAUCUUCAAGCCCUGCUGCGACGUGCUGACGGCCGAUUGGGACAACGUCAUGCCCCUGGUGCUCACCCCCAAGCCCGAGAGGGCUGGCGACUCCACCUUCCUCAACCCGCGCGGCACAUGA